AGCGGUUAGCGUCCGCCAACGUGACGCCGGGAAUCCUUCGACGUGCUCUGUGACGCCACGACGUCACUAACGGUCCUAAUGGGGCGGGGCUCGUAAACAGAGAAAUCUAAAUAAAGGAUCGUGCAGAAAUUUACUCCAAAGUAACUCACUUUUUAAGGAGAAGUAAAAGGUAACGUUUAAUCUCGUGUGAUGCCGAUUCGCCGAGCAGCAGCGACUCCAACCCAGGAGAAGCCCCCCUCCGCUGCAGCAGAGAAAGAGCCUGAAGCCUCUUCAGAGGAGUCGCCUUCUGCUGACGAUGAGCAGGCUGCAUCCUCAGCUGCCACAGCCGAGGUCGAGGAGGCCAAGUCCACAGAAGAGACUGCCCCCACAGAGAAUGGCGAGGAGGCCGAAGGAGCCGCAACAGACAAGGGAGGAGAAGUGACAGAGAAGAAAGAUGACAAAUGCAAGGACUGCGCGGCUGGACAGUGCGCAACACACUGCUAUGUUCUCCUACUAAGGCUGAAGGAUGGCUACAAGUACGAGAAAGCCAAAGUCAAGAAAGUGAAAAGGACGAUUCCUUCGUGGGCGAGCGUCACCACGAGCAAAAAGGUUCCUGUUACCAACUUUGCAGGCACUCAGAACAAAGUGGAUAAUAUUCUCAUCGAAGCUAUUACGUCUUGUAAUGACAGAUCUGGAGUUUCAUACCAGUCCGUCAUGAAAUAUAUUGUGAAAAAAUACCCGGUGAUGGAGCUCGACAAGAAGAAGUUUCUCAUUAAGAAAGCAUUGAAGAAACAUUUGGAGAAAGGCACCAUCAAACAGCUGAAGGGUAAAGGCUUAUCAGGAACCUUUGCCAUUGGGAAGCAGUCCACCUUGUCUAAGAAAGCCGGUCAGAAGAUGGAGUCUCUGGGAGAUGCUCUUCCUCUCAUCAUCACGCGGCUCUGUGAGCCUAAAGAGGCCUCCUACAAUCUGAUCAAGAAAUACCUGGAGCAGCACUUCCCCAGCUUCAAUAUCGAGAGCAGGCCAGACGUCCUGAAGACAGCCCUGGUGAAGGCCGUAGAAAAAGGACAGCUGGAGCAAAUCACUGGGAAAGGAGCCAGAGGGACCUUCCAGCUGAAGCGAACUGGUAACCAGGUCCUGCUGAAGGGCGGCACCUUGGAGGACGCCAUCACAGCUGCUAUCACAGCCAUGAACGAACCUAAAACCUGCAGCACCACUACCCUACGCAGAUACCUACUAGACGCCAACAAGGAUAGAAAGGAGUACCAAUUAGUGGCCAAUCUGAGGAGGACCCUGACGAAGUGUAAAGUUCUCGGCUGGAUGGAGCAGAUCACUGGUCACGGCUUCACAGGGACUUACCAGCUCUCGUUUCCUUUCUACCCGAGCCCUACCAUCCUGUACCCAGACAAGUUCAAAGAGCUUGAGAAGAAAAACCAUCCGCCUCCACCCAAGCGAAGGCGGACAGCUGAUUCUUCUGAUGAGGAAGAGUCAGAAGAGGAAGAGUCUGAGGAUGAAGCUCCCCCUCCUAAGAGGAAACCUCAAAAGAGGCCUCCACCCAAGGCUCGUCGUCCUCCACCGCCCAAGAAAUCCCAGAGCACCAGUCGGCCAAAAGCUAAAGGCAGGGGACGCUCCAUCGCAAAGAAGUCUCCAGCCAAGAAAGCAGUGUCUUCAGCCAGGAGAUCGCCAACGAAACAGUCAGCCUCUAAGAAGGAGUCCACAGCACCGUCUAAAGCUACACCCGUCAAGAGAGGAGCGCCUGCAAGAAAGCCCAGAACACCAGCCGUUAAAAAGCUGACCAAAAGGGGGUCCAAGCGACCCGUGUCCAGAGAUUCAUCCCCCGAGAGCGAUUCCCCGAAGGAGACGACGAAGAGCAGCGGGUCCAAGAGAUCUCAGGCCAAUGAGUCCCACGAAGGAGUUAAAAAGCCAGCGACCAAAAGUGGGUCCAGGCGGCCCGAGCCCGAAGAGUCAUCUCCUGAAGAGCCCGUAGUCAAAAGGGGAGCGAAGGGCAGCAAGCAGUCCACUCGCAAGUCCAAGAGAGGGAAAUAACGAGUCCAUGAGCAUCUUCCACUGACUGGGCUGCUCUGAAUAUGCAGCAGUCUGCCGCUUCUCUCUCUCUUUAUCAUUGUUUUCUCCCUUUUUAACAGGGCAGUAGUUUAUUUUAUUUUUUUUUUGUUUUUUAAAUUUUAUUUUGUUUUGUUUUUUUAUUUCUAUUGUAGAAUAAGAACCUUAUACUACCAGUUCAGUUUACUGUACAUUGAGAGGUUCUGAAUUUCCUUUUUAAUCACCGAUGUGUAGAAAAGCUCUGUUAGUGUGACCCCCCCCAUCCCCUUCGGGAAAACCAUAGCAAGAUCCAACAUACUGUAACUAGAGCCAUGUAGUGACUUCUGUUUUUAUAUCCGUUCCUCAUCCGAUCUUUAGAUGUUGGAAGCACACGUUCCUAGUCAGUGUUUUGGCGGGUUGAAAAAUUAAGUAUAAUUUGAUAUAUGGGUUCAAAGGUUUAAACGGUUACUAAUAUUAAUGUUUUAUAAAACACAGGUUUUACCGUUGUAAUUACAAUGUUUUGGCCAUGCAGUGCUCCAUCAGAAUCUGUUUUUUUUUUUUUUUAUUAUUAUUAUUUUUAUCACCAUUUGUCCUCAUGAAAUUAUAUUAUCUUUUUUAAUGAAGUUUAUUUAAAUUGCCCCAAAAAAGAUUAGACCUGCAGGUGACAGGUGGAGAAUAAAACAGUUUGUAUUCAUUUCAAUUAUUUUAUUUUGUAUGUGUGUUUUUAAAAAGAAAACGGCCUAUACAUAAAUUGAUUUAAUUGCUUCACAGCUGUAAUUGAGUACCAAACUGUAAGAAAUGUGUGUUGUGAAUAAGAAAAAGGAGGAUACUAGCUCAUACAUACCCUGCAUGCAUGUAUUCCUUGUGUUGUUAAGCUUUUUUUUUUCCAAGUCAUUAAUAAAAUGGCUAUAUUUGUAAA